UCUAAUUGGAAAUAAUCGUGAAGGAAACAAUUACAGUUGUUCUAAUAAGCCCGCAUGUUCUAAAAGUAACAUGCUUUGUGAGAACCUUGCUCGGGGAGGCGUUUCUGUCAUUUGAUCAAAAUAAAAAUAAACGUCAAUUGUUGUCAAUAAACAGCACGCGUACGGAAUUUUGUUAAGCGAGCUGCAGAAUUAGUCGCUUAAAAACUCGUUUGCCAGACAGAUUUGUUGCAUUUUACUUACUAAACUAGUCAUUAAAGCAUUCUACUUCAUCGUAGUCCAUAUAUUCAAGCACAAAAUGCUUCUGCGUAGGAUUGUUGCCGCUGGCAAGCUGAAUUUACCGCGGUCAAUGGCCACAGUGACAAUGCCUGAGCAGCAAUUGGUAGCGUCUGAAAAAGGUUCCGACGUGCUAAGCCAUCCGGACUACUUCGGCGUGCACAAGCUGUUCACCGUGGAAGAUUUGUUCAAGGCACGGGUCCAUUUCGGCCACAAGGAGGGCACACUGAACGACAACAUGAAGGGUUACCUGUACGGUAGCCGGCUGGGGCAUUGCAUUAUCGAUCUGGAUAAGACGGUGGAUUAUUUGCGCGCGGCGCUAAACGUUGCCGCCCACAUUGCGUACCGGGACGGGAUCAUAUUGUUCUUCAAUCGAAACGCACUGAACGCGCACAGGGUGGAGCAAACGGCGAAGGAGUGCGGGGAGUUCGCCCACACGCGCUACUGGCGGGGCGGUGUGUUCACCAACGCUAAGGUGCAGUUCGGGGCGGUCACCCGGCUGCCGGAUUUGUGCAUAUUUUUCAACACCAUGAACAACGUGCUGGACAUGCAUACGGCCGUGCGCGAUGCGGCCAAGAUGAAUAUUCCGACGAUCGGCAUCGUCGAUACGAACUGCAAUCCCAAUCUGAUCACUUACCCGGUGCCCGGCAAUGACGAUAGUCCGGCCGCGAUCGAGCUGUACUGCAAGCUGUUCAAGAAUGCCAUCCUUCUGGGGAAGGAGAAACGAAAGGCUCAUCUCGCAAGUGAAGCACAGUGAGACAGUGGCGGCGGGGCUUGGUGUUUGUUGUAAUGCGAUUAUUUAGAGUAAAAACGUAUUUAGACUCUGUAAAACAAA